UUGUGCCGCCGCCCCCCGCCCGCCCCGCUCCGACCCGGCAGCGGCCGCAGAUGGCGCGGCGGGGACCGGGCAGGCGGGGCGGGAGGUCACCGGCACGUCCGCCGCCGCCGCUCCUGGCGCUGCUGCUGCUGUUGGUGCUGGGCCCCGCCGCCGCCGCCGGCGAGGAGGUGGCGGUGUCCAAGGAAUGCGACAAGCCGUGCGCCAACGGCGGGCGGUGCCAGCCGGGCACCGGGCAGUGCGAGUGCCAGCCUGGCUGGGUGGGCGACCAGUGCCAGCACUGCGGGGGGCGCUUCAGACUCACUGAACCUUCAGGGUAUGUCACAGAUGGGCCUGGAAAUUACAAGUACAAGACAAAAUGCACCUGGCUCAUUGAAGGAAGGCCAAACACAAUCCUCAGGCUUCGAUUCAAUCACUUUGCCACUGAGUGCAGCUGGGACCACUUGUAUGUAUAUGAUGGAGACUCAAUUUAUGCUCCCUUACUGGCAGCUUUUAGUGGUCUUAUUGUUCCUGAGAAAGACAGCAAUGAAACAGUACCUGAAGUUGUAGCUACUUCUGGAUAUGCUCUUCUACAUUUCUUCAGUGAUGCUGCCUAUAAUCUCACCGGGUUUAACAUCACCUAUAACUUCAAUGUGUGUCCCAAUAACUGCUCUGGCCAAGGGGAGUGCAGGCUCAACAGCAGCACCAUGGCCCCGCAGUGCGAGUGUGCCGAGCGCUGGAAGGGAGAGGCGUGUGACAUUCCCUACUGCCCGGGGGACUGCGGGGCUCCUGAGAGGGGCCACUGCAGCCUCAACGGCUCCAAAGCAUGUGUGUGCUCCGCAGGCUGGCAAGGUCCUGGCUGUUCAAUUCGUCUUCCUGCAAACCAGUCAUUUUGGACCCGGGAAGAAUACGCUCUUCCAAAACUUGCUAGAGCAUCUCACAAAGCUGUCAUCCAUGACAAUAAAAUGUGGAUUGUUGGAGGCUAUGUCUUCAAUCAUUCUGACUCUCAGAAGGUUUUAGCGUAUGAUCUCAUUUCUGAAGAGUGGCUUCCACUGAACAGCUCUGUGAACUCGGUAGAGAUGAGAUAUGGUCAUUCCUUGGCAUUGUACAAGGAUAACAUCUACAUGUACGGUGGAAAGCUGGAUGCCACGGGCAACGUCAGCAGCCAGCUGUGGGUGUUCCACAUCCCCAGGCAGAGCUGGGCCGUGCUGGCACCCCGGGCCAAGGAGCAGUACGCCGUGGUGGGGCACUCGGCCCACAUGGUCACCCUGCGGGACAACAGCACCGUCAUGCUGGUCCUCUUCGGGCACUGCCCUCUCUACGGCUACAUCAGCAACGUCCAGGAGUACAACCUGGUGACAAAUACCUGGAGCAUCUUGCAGACGAGUGGAGCUCUGGUGCAAGGAGGAUAUGGUCACAGCAGUGUUUAUGAUCCAAACACAAGAUCAAUCUAUAUCCACGGGGGUUACAAAGCCUUCAGUGCCAACAAGUACAGGCUGGCAGAUGAUUUGUACAAAUAUGAAGUUGAUUCCCGCAUGUGGACUAUUCUCAAAGACAGCCGAUUUUUCCGCUACUUGCACACAGCUGUGAUAGUGAGUGGGACCAUGCUGGUGUUUGGAGGAAACACUCACAACGACACCUCCAUGAGCCACGGAGCCAAGUGCUUUUCUUCGGAUUUCAUGGCCUAUGAUAUUGCCUGUGAUCGAUGGUCUGUGCUGCCUCGCCCAGCUCUGCACCACGAUGUCAACAGGUUUGGGCACUCUGCUGUGCUGUACAACAGCACCAUGUAUGUGUUUGGAGGCUUCAACAGCCUCCUCCUGAGUGACAUCCUGAAGUUCACACCUGAGAGGUGUGAGGCUUUUGGCAACGAGACAUCCUGCCUGGGGGCUGGCCCCGGUGUCAGAUGUGUGUGGGCUCCCCGCCCUCCCCGCUGCAUCCCCUGGGAAAAUGCAACAUUGGAGCAGCAGCAAAAGGUCUUUGAAGACUGUCCUCCCAAGCCAGUUGUAGACAAUGAAAAAUGUGAUCAGAUUACAGACUGCUACAGCUGCACAGCCAACACAAACAGCUGUCAGUGGUGUUCUGACCAGUGUGUCCCAGCACACAACAACUGCACAGAGGAACAGGUUCCUGUUACUCUCUAUGACAAUUGUCCUAAGGAUAAUCCUGCCUAUUACUGUAACAAAAAGACAAGUUGUAAAAGCUGUGCCAUGGAUCAAAACUGUCAGUGGGAACCUAGGAAUCAGGAGUGCAUUGCUUUGCCAGAAAAUAUCUGCGGAACAAACUGGCAUCUGGUUGGCAACUCCUGCCUGAAGAUCACCAGCGCCAAGGAGAACUACGAUCAUGCCAAACUGUCCUGUAGGUCCAACGGUGCUUUACUGGCUUCUCUCACCACCCAGAAGAAGGUGGAAUUUGUUCUGAAGGAGCUGCAGAAGAUUCAGUCUUCACCCAAAACUUUGACUCCAUGGGUUGGACUGAGGAAAAUCAAUGUGUCCUAUUGGUGCUGGGAAGACAUGUCUCCCUUCACCAACACCCUCGUGCAGUGGCUUCCCAAUGAACCCAGUGAUGCUGGAUUUUGUGGAUAUUUAGCUGAGCCUUCCCAACAGGGAUUGAAGGCAGCAACAUGUAUCAACGAGGUCAACGGCACUGUCUGUGAAAGGCCAGCCAACCACAGCGCCAAGCAGUGCCGCACGCCCUGCGCGCUGCGCGCCGCCUGCGCCGAGUGCACCAGCGGCAGCUCCGAGUGCAUGUGGUGCAGCAACAUGCAGCAGUGCGUGGACUCCAACGCCUACGUGGCCUCCUUCCCCUACGGGCAGUGCAUGGAGUGGUACACCAUGAGCAGCUGUCCCCCUGAAAACUGCUCAGGCUACUGCACAUGUGCUCAGUGCCUGGAGCAGCCAGGCUGCGGGUGGUGCACGGAUCCCAGCAACACCGGCAAGGGCAAGUGCAUCGAGGGCUCCUACCGGGGGCCUGUCAAGAUGCCCACCCCAGCCACGCCAGGGAAACACAGCUUGGAGCCUGUUCUCAAUGUCAGCAUGUGUCCUGUGCAGAACAGCUACAACUGGUCCUUCAUCCAGUGUCCAGCCUGUCAGUGUAACGGGCACAGCAGGUGCGUGAACGAGAGCGUUUGUGAGAAGUGUGAGAACCUGACCACGGGCAGGCACUGUGAGACCUGCAUCUCGGGCUACUACGGGGACCCCACCAACGGGGGCACAUGCCAGCCUUGCAAGUGCAAUGGCCACGCGUCCAUCUGCAACACAAACACAGGGAAAUGUUUCUGCACAACCAAGGGAAUCAAAGGAGACGAGUGUCAGCUGUGUGAAGUUGAAAACAGAUAUCAGGGAAAUCCACUUAAAGGAACAUGUUACUAUACUCUCCUCAUUGACUAUCAGUUCACCUUCAGCCUUUCCCAGGAGGACGAUCGCUAUUACACAGCAAUCAACUUUGUCGCAACACCUGAAGAGCAAAACAGAGACCUGGACAUGUUCAUCAAUGCAUCUAAAAACUUCAACCUCAACAUUACUUGGUCCACAAGUUUUGCAGCUGGCACACAGGCUGGGGAGGAAAUUCCAGUUGUUUCUAGAACCAAUAUAAAAGAAUACAAGGACAGUUUCUCCAAUGAGAAAUUUGACUUCCGCAACAACCCAAACAUCACCUUCUUUGUUUAUGUCAGCAACUUCACCUGGCCCAUAAAAAUACAGAGCUGGAAAAUAUAUAAAAAAUUGCAGAAUUAAUUUUCUAUGGAAGCUAAGUCCAAAUCAGCCGUUAACUUCUUCUGGGUGAGGCCAGUGUUGGUUGCUUGAAGUUGCUGUACUUCUGUGAUGAAUAACUCUUGAAAAUACCAUAACCCACCAGAGAAUGUAAAUAUAGACCCCAAAUUCAAAUAUAUUUCAGAAAAUGAGUGCUGUGGGCCAUUGCUGGGAGGCUGAAAGAGUGAGACACUUUUAUUUAUACAAAAGCUUAUUUAAAGAUUCAGGAUAGUGAGCAGAGUUAAUGAAGGAGAGAAAAGUGUAUUGGCAGUAAAAUAGAAGAAGCCACCCACUGAAAUACGACUGUGGAUUCAGCCUGGCUACAGCAUGAAGGAAAGUAUAUCCAGAACUAAGAGAGGGUAUGUCCUGGUUUAGGGCAAAUUUGGGAGAAAACCUCCAAAGUGGUUCCUCUAGAAAGGAAGUUCAAGCGGCCCCUCCCUCAACUGGUUUGGGAAAAGAUUUCCUUGGAGAAAAGUGGAAAAAACUGUUUCUUUAACGGGCAAAGCAUUCACCAGCACAAAGAAUGAACAAUAUCAAACAAUAAAACCUCUUGCCGCUCCCAAAGAGAGACAAACUCAGCAGUCCCUCCGUGGGCUGCAGCUCGGCUCCCUCCGUCUCUGAUGAGUCCCUCCGGGCCCAGGCCCGGCCCGCUGCGCCUCAGGUGGAGCUUCAGCCCAGAGCAGGUUUGAACAGCUCCAAGGAAAGAGAAAAACCACAGUCCAGGGAACUUCUCUGCCUCAGCGAGCUGAAACUAACCAACAGCAAAGGGCAGCUCUGUCCCGCUGUCUGUGCUGCAGACAGCACAGUCCAGGAGCAGGAAUGUGGAGCAGUGAGGGCAGUGUCUGAAAACAAACUGCGCGCUUCUUCUCUCCCCCUUCGCUCUCAGAACUAGCCUUAAAGGUGCAAAACUUAUUUCUGGGCUAAGCAGACGAAUGGGGAUAUGAGCAUCAUAAAGUCACCCAGGACAGGGUAACAAACCCAAUGCUUGUGGCUGGUUUAGCUCCCAAACAUGGAGCCAGAGACCCCAGCACUCCACUGACAGCUCUCAGCUGACUGCGGGGCUUCUUUUGGGGAAAUAAAAAUAUCCCUGGAAUUACCUGAAAACUACUUUUUCUCUCACUUAUCUUCCUGACUUUGUAUUAUUAAGAUUUUGACUGUUUUUACUGUAUUGGCAAAUGUUGCUCCCAGCAAUGUCGGCAAGCAAGAGCUGGGAUCAGGGCAGGAUACUACUGUCAUAGUCCUGUAUAGGAAUAAAUUUUUGGCAUGACUGGGGAUUUCAUAGGGUUUUUUUCUUAAAUUGGUUCUCUCUUCAAUUAUUCUUUGAGUUGUAAGUGUCAUGUAUAGUUACUUCUUUAACUAGUCUGUUUUGCAUGCAAGAUUAGCACCAUCCAGCUUCUCACACCUGGACCAAAAGUAUCAAUAAAUUACAUUAAUAUCUUGA